CAGUGCGCAGGCCCAGUGCGUAGUCCCGGUUCCCUUCCUGGUCCACGGACCCGUGUCCCGCGUCCGAUAUGAGAGUCCCGCGGGCAUGUGUCCGCCUCGUCUUAUGCGCGCGUGACUUUAUGACCACUGUCCCACACGCGCAGACAUGCACGCGCCUCUCUCCGCAGGUCAGAAAUGCGGGCUCCGUGUGGGGACCCCGCUGUACCGCGCGUGCACGUGUGUGGAGCAGGAGGACAGGAGCUCAGUCUCUGUGUGACGCACAGAGGAGAGAGGCUGGAGCCCUGUGGAGCAGAGGCCUGUCCGUGAGUGGCCCAGGCCCAGAGCAGAGUGGCGUCAGCUCCCUGUCCGAGGCCCAGUACGAGGCCCUGUCCCGGGACACUCUGGACGCCCUGGCCGAGCACCUGGAGGACCUGAUGGACCAGCCCUUCACUGGACCAGACUUCGACGUCAGCUUCUCUAAUGGCGUGCUAACGGUGAAACUUGGUGCAGAACAUGGAACCUACGUGAUCAACAAACAGACGCCCAACCGCCAGAUCUGGCUCUCCUCUCCAUCCAGUGGACCCAAGCGAUACGACUGGACGGGCCAGCGCUGGGUCUACGCUCACGACGGACGCAGCCUGCACCAGCUCCUGUCCUCUGAGCUGUCCAGCAUCUUCAAGACCCCUGUGGACCUGUCGCACCUGCCCUACUCCUGACACCUGCCCUACUCCUGACACCUGCCCUACUCCUGACACCUGCCCUACUCCUGACACCUGCCCUAGUCCUCUGACACCUGCCCUAUUCCGACAUCGAGUUCUGAGCCUGUAUUCCAUGUAUAUGAUGUAUUCUUUAUUGGUGAAAGUAAUUAAAAUAUACAUUAUUA